UCACCUAAAACAAUGUCUAAACGAUCCCAUAGUUUACCGGAGCUAACCAAGUCCAAGCAUCAAACAAUAUUUAUCCAUAAGCUCUAUGAUAUGCUUCAAGAUCCACAACUUCAUCAUCUAAUCUGGUGGACCCCCGCCAAUGACUCGUUUUUACUCGUACCGUCCGAGCAGUUUCUGAAGGCUUUAAGUCAAUAUUUCAAGCACACCAACAUCGCCAGUUUCAUCCGCCAGCUCAACAUGUACGGGUUUCACAAGGUCAAUAGUGGUGAAGACACACCAGGCGACUCCCAGACGCUUGUAUGGGAGUUUAAGCAUUCACAUAACCAGUUUCGCAAAGGCGACGUCGAUUCAUUGCGUUUGAUUAAACGCCGACUGCUGAAGAACAAUAGCAAGGAGGUGGUGCUCGACCAGGACGAGUACUACGGGCCGACUGCCUCUCCGAGUCUGUGGGAGCUCCCACCGUCGCCGGGUGGUGGGGGUGGAGUUGGAGUGGGGGGGCCUGGAGUUGGCGUUGGAGUGGGAGGUCCUGGUGGCGUUGGCGUCGGGUUAGGAGGUCCUGGAGGUCCCGGAGGCCCUGGAGGUCCACCUGUGGGCACCACAUCCCUGGCACAACAGUCGUACCCUCAGUACCACCACCUCCAGCAUUAUGCGCCGCACCCUAACGUCUCCCUCGAUAAAUAUCUCGAGCUCCUCAACAACUUCAACCACCUCAAAUUCGAUGUGGCCAACCUCCUCAACAAGUUCGACUACUUUCUCAAUGAAUAUCGAUUUCAACAGAAGAAUCUAGUCAAGCUCAUCGAGAUUUUGCAGACCAAUAACUUAAACGAUCUCAACAACUUUAAGCACUACCUUCUCCUGAACUUGAGUAACCUGGUAAUUUUGAACGAUGGCUUUAACAAAACGUCUCUGUCGGGUACCGUGCCGGCGCCGGGCUUGGUGCAAAAUUACACGUUAAAUCCGCGAUACAACGUCCAGGACGUGCAGGAGGAACGACCAGCGACAGUACAGAGCAAUUCAGCCCCAGCUGGGAUUCCUCAGGUCAAGCGAGAGCACGGUUCGACGCUGAGUUCUGGUUCUGGUUCUGGUGCUGGUGCUGGUUCUGGUGCGGGCGCGGGGCACGGCCUGGCUGGCGGUCCAAAUAAUGCAAAUGGUGCGAAUUCCAGCUCCCUCACACCACCGGUGGUGACACCAUCCAACAUCUCGGUGCCAGCAUUCCAUCAACCGUUCGCCCUAGCUCCCAACACCCCACAGCCACAGGGGCCAUAUCCUACGUCCGAGCCAUCACUGAAUUUGGUGCUCCCCACCCCACACAUUGUGUCACAUAAGCCACUGCGGUCGUAUUCGCCAUUGCUGAAAGAAGAACGUCUGGACACGAAAAUUCUCGAUAAGAUCGAGAAAUUCGAGAAGAACUUUCAGUAUCCAUUUCCGGCCAUUGACCCCCCCACCCCGCGCCAUUCCAUUGACACGCCUGGCGCUAACAGAGCCACGCCGCAGCAUCAGGCCGAGCGCGAGCGGGAACGUGAACGCGAUUACCGGCCCGCGGAACACGACAGGGGCCACUACCUGCGAACUCCUAGUAUGAGUGCCGGGAAAGGGACAGUAGGUGCUCACAAUUCCAAUUCUGCCACCCCUGUCACCGGCUUGGGCUUGGGAUUGUCUCCCUCUGGCCCGGGCUCGGUGUUAGGACCCGACUCCCGCAAAAGAAGCUACCAACUCCCUAGUAUCAGUCAGCUCGACGAGCUGCUUAAGAUGCGCAAAAUCAAUGAUUCGUAGCCUCGUCUUCCUAUUCUUGUAUUAUAAUGCACAAUUAUUAUAGA